AUGUUUGGCCCGGCGAAGGGUGGCCAUUUUGGAGUCCACCCGGCGGCUGGUUGCCCCGGCGGCGUAUCCCAACUUGCUGCCGGGACCAAAGCUGGCCCCGCAAGUACCGUUCCUGUGGGCUGCCGGACCGACACGAUGUGGCGGCUCCGCUGCAAAGCCAAGGAUGGUACCCAUGUUUUACAGGGGUUGUCCAGCCGGACCCGGGUGCGGGAACUCCAAAGCCAAAUUGCCGCCAUCACCGGGAUCGCUCCCGGCGGUCAGCGAAUCCUGGUGGGAUACCCGCCGGAAUGCCUGGAUCUCAGCAACGGGGACACCAUCCUGGAGGACUUGCCCAUCCAAUCAGGCGACAUGCUGAUCAUUGAAGAAGACCAAACCAGGCACACAACUUCACCUGCAUUUGCAAAACAUGGUGCUCCUAGUUACUACAGGGAAACUUUGCCUGUGCUUACCAGAACUUCGGUUCCAGCAGACAACUCUUGCCUCUUUACCAGUGUGUAUUAUGUCGUUGAAGGGGGAGUUCUGAAUCCAGCGUGUGCUCCUGAGAUGAGACGCUUCAUAGCUCAGAUUGUAGCAAGCGAUCCAGAGUUCUAUAGUGAGGCAAUCCUGGGAAAGACAAACCAAGACUACUGUGACUGGAUCCAAAGGGAUGAUACUUGGGGAGGUGCUAUUGAGAUCUCCAUUUUGUCCAAAUAUUAUCAAUGUGAAAUCUGUGUAGUGGAUACACAGACAGUCCGAAUUGAUCGCUUUGGGGAAGAUGCAGGAUAUACCAAAAGGGUCCUACUUAUUUAUGAUGGCAUUCACUACGAUCCACUUCAGCGUAACUUCCCUGACCCAGACACCCCUCCUCUGACCAUUUUCUCGUCUAAUGAUGAUAUUGUUCUUGUACAAGCACUGGAAUUAGCUGAUGAAGCUAGGAAAAAGAGACAGUUUACAGAUGUAAACCGCUUCACCCUGAGAUGCAUGGUGUGUCAGAAGGGGUUAACUGGACAAGCAGAAGCAAGGGACCAUGCCAAGGAGACAGGCCAUACCAACUUCGGAGAGGUGUGA